AUGGCCCAAGCGAACACACGAAUCACGUCAACGGCAAACAACGCUUCGAUCCCACUGAUUGAUAACGGUGAGGGCGAGUGUUGUGUGGAGGGAAGAUCUUCGAAAAUUGUUGCUUCGCUGCAGACAACCUUUGGUGGUCGAGCUCUCUUCACUUCAGCCUUGUCUUCUUCUCACCACCACCAAGCUCGACUCAUCGAAAGAUUCGCAACCAUGGCGCUCCCUCCUUCGCUUCAAGCCCUUUCCAUCGGCUCGCUGACUGCGCCCAACACGCUCGAGCUCUUCCUCGACUAUCUUUGCCCGUUCUCCGCCAAGCAGCUGAAAGGUGUUAACGAGCAUCUACUUCCUCUCGUCAUCGGCGACUCGGCUCAGUAUAAGGACAAGGUGCGCAUCGUCAUCCGUCCUUAUCCACAGCCCUGGCACUCGACCUCCACCUUGCUCCACGAAUCGGCCCUUGCUGUAGCCAAGAUCGCGCUCACAGAUCCUGCCGUCACCGCGAUACCCGACCGCAAUGCCUUCUGGCUGUAUUCUUUGGAGCUCAUGAAGGCGCAAGAGCGCUUUUUCGAUGGACCUGCCCGAGGAAAGUCUCCGGAUGGGAUCCGGGGUGAGCUCGCGACGCUCGCCAUCGAGACCGUCGGCGAGGCUCCCAAGAAGCGAAAACAGGAGGCCAUCCACAGAGAGCUGCAAGGAACACCUCUCGGCCAAUCUGUCAAGAAUCUCAUUCGAGUCGAGAAGGAAGGCAAUGGCGGCAGCGCUGUCGUCCCCGAACUCAAGUACUGCGUCAAACUCGGUCGUCAGAAUGGUAUCCACGUCACUCCAACAUGCCUCUGGAACGGUCUGGUCGAAGGUAGCAUCUCGUCCUCCUUUGACCAAGCAGCGUGGAAGGAGUUCCUGGAGAAGCAGCUUGCUUGA